GAAGGAAAUUAUUCAUGUCAUCCACAUAAUGGACUGAGUUCAGUUCUUCCUUUUCGUCACAGAUAGAAGAUAAGCUAGCUUUGAUGAAGGUGAAUUAUUUUUGCAUAAAUACUGUUCAGCAGGGUUGUUCAGAUUCACAGCAUCGUCAGGACUGCAGGUUCCCACGUCUGUCGAGCAGGUUCCAAACUGAUUGAGAAAAAUAACAUUGCUUAACAUGGAGACUGCAGUGUUCACCUGCUGGCUCAUUUUUCUGCUCUUCAGCCCAGCUGUUCCCAUGUGUUUACCCACUGACUUCACCCUUUAUGUGGAGAGGCCAGAGUGCGACUAUUGUGUGGCCAUCAACACUACCAUCUGCAUGGGAUUUUGCUACUCAAGGGACAGCAACAUGAGGGAGAUACUCGGCCCACGCUUUCUUAUCCAGAGAGGCUGUACCUACGACAAGGUGGAAUACCGUGCAGCCAUACUGCCCGGCUGUCCCGUCGAUGCCAACCCUGUCUUCACCUACCCUGUGGCUCUCAGCUGCCACUGUGGUGCCUGCAAGACAGACAGCGACGAGUGUGCACACAGGGCCAGCGUGGACGGAGCUAGGUGUACCAAACCAGUCAGACGUAUCUACCCAUACCCUGGACAGAGCAACUACUUGAUCCCUUUCUGAUUCUUCUGUUAUCGUUCAUAGCUUGUCUCUUUUUUCAUUAAAAUUGUUGCAUUGUUGUUAACAAUGUUGCAUUUUGUUUGAUGUCAUCCUUUAGCUUGGGAUGGAUACAGUUACAUCUGCACUGUCUGUACUGAUAGGCCUAACUACUGUACCAGCCUCUUUUUAUUGUGCCUUUGUUGCCCAACCUGUCUGUGCUGAAGCUCUGCUUCUCAGUUUACAAUGGGGGGUUGGCCCAGUUGCAUUUUUUGUCAGCUUCAUUAUUUAUCGCCCUGUACACUUGUGUGUGUGUGUGACUCUUGUGCUUAUUAUGUUUACUCUGAAAGGGGAUACUCUGAGUGCAACUCAAUUAAAGCUGAAGUCUCUAAAUAGCUCUCAGACUAAGCUGUGCUUGACUUAAUCACAUUGUGUGUGGGACCAUUGCUUUCUGUUUACUACAUAACAAACAUAAGGCCAUGACGUUCCACAGCGUCACCUCAGCAUACUAUAUUUGUCUCGAGAGUCAUUCUGGAAGGCACAUGAUUGUUGACACACUUCUUAUAAAAUCAAUGAGGAUGUUGAACCACAAAGAUCAGGCAUAGAGUCACCUAACACCAAAUUUACAGUGUGAGUUUUACUGUGUUCAUUGUGUCCCAGCCCAAGUAGAGUAUAUGAGUUGUUUCCCAUUCACAAGUGGAAUUUGGGAAGACAGCUGGAGCUUAUUAAUAGCUCAGCAGUUCGGAGUGGGAGAAUGUGUCCAUCAUGUGGAUUUCUGUGACAUU